CACCAAUGAAAUGAAUUCGCCCCAAGUGGGCAUUUUGGUACUUUCACCUGUGCACCCCCGACCGCCCCUGUCUGCACUCUGGACACCCACACUCUCUCUCUCUUUCUCUCAAGUUUCAUCGCCAUCCCGUCUUGCCCCCAGUUUUUUUGAACUUGAAUUGAAUCAUCUCUCUCUCUCUCCAUCUCCAAAUCGAUACGCGCAUAUACUGUGUUGCUUGCGUGGAUGCACAUAAUCGUCUGUUUCGAUUGUGUUUAGAGAGAGAGAGAGAGGUGUGAGAGUGAUGGCUUCAGGUGGUGGUUACAGGAACGGGAAUCACAAGGCGCAGAAUCUAAGGGUUUCGUCUUCCUUCAAAUCUAAGCUUCCGCCGUCGACAUCUAACAUCCGCCGUAGCAGCAGUGCCGGUGACGCCGUUUCUGGAAGAGUUCGAGUUGCUGUACGAUUGCGACCUCGAAAUGCUGAGGAAUUGGCAGCAGAUGCAGAUUUUGCUGAUUGUGUAGAGCUGCAGCCGGAGCUUAAAAGGUUGAAACUUCGAAAAAAUAACUGGGAUACAGAUACAUAUGAGUUUGAUGAGGUAUUCACUGAAUUUGCAUCACAAAAGCGCGUGUACGAGGUUGUUGCAAAACCUGUUGUGGAGAGUGUCUUGGACGGUUACAACGGGACAGUCAUGGCUUAUGGACAGACUGGUACUGGGAAAACCUAUACUCUUGGACAAUUGGGAGAUGAUGAUCCAUCAACUCGUGGUAUUAUGGUUCGCUCAAUGGAAGACAUACUUGCAAAUAUAUCUCUGGGGACUGACUCUGUGUCGGUCUCAUACCUGCAGCUUUAUAUGGAAACAAUCCAGGACCUCCUUAAUACAGCAAACGAUAACAUUUCUAUAGUUGAAGACCAAAAAACUGGUGAUGUUUCCCUACCAGGCGCAACUGUUGUUGAGGUCCGAGAUCAGCAAAGUUUUCUGGAGCUGCUAAAGUUAGGGGAAGCUCAUAGAUAUGCUGCUAACACAAAGCUGAAUACUGAAUCUUCUCGAAGUCAUGCUAUUCUCAUGGUGAAUAUUAAAAGGUCUGUUUCUGGAAGAGAAGCUGAUGCAUCUGGUGAAUUUGAUGAUACUUCUCCCUUGGCUACUAAUUUUAAGCCACCCAUUCUUAGAAAAGGAAAACUCCUUCUUGUGGAUCUUGCGGGUUCGGAACGUGUACUUAAAUCAGGAAGUGAAGGGCAUAUGCUAGAAGAAGCCAAGUCUAUCAAUCUUUCAUUAAGUGCAUUGGGGAAGUGCAUAAAUGCUUUGGCAGAAAAUAGUGCUCAUGUACCAGUUCGUGAUUCAAAACUUACACGGUUACUUAAAGAUUCCUUUGGAGGCACAUCGAGAACUUCAUUAGUUGUGACAAUUGGACCAUCACCACGUCAUCGAGCAGAGACGGCAAGCACCAUUUUGUUUGGACAAAGGGCUAUGAAGGUGGAGAACAUGUUGAAAAUUAAGGAGGAAUUUGAUUAUAGAAGUAUGUGCAAAAGGCUUGAGGUACAAGUUGACAAACUUAUUGCUGAAAAUGAAAGACAGCAAAAGGCUUUUGAGGAUGAGGUUAACAAAAUCAAGUUAGAAGCACAACAGCGUGUCUUUGAGGCUGAACAGAACUUUGCCGAAGAAUUGAAGGACGAGAAAAUUAAGUGCCAGAUGGAAUAUAUGGAUUCGAUUAAGAAACUGGAAGAAAAGAUGCUUUAUCAGCAGAAGCAUCCUACCAAUGGUGUCACUGACAUUGGAGAGAGCCACAGGGGCUUUGCUACUGAGGAAGUAUCUGAGCUGAAGAAGUUGCUGCAGAAUGAAAUUCAAAUAAGAAAGGCAGCUGAAGAGGAAAUCAGUAAUCUCAAAGAUCAGAUUAUAAAACUAUCAAAGCAAGAAUUACCAGGUGGAAGCUCUGAUACUAUAUAUCUCCAAAAGCUGCUGGAAGAAGAGACUCGUGAAAAGAAGAGGCUGGAAGAAGAAGUCAUCAUCUUAAAAAGUCAAUUGACUUUUGAAGAUGGUCAGACUAGAAGCUAUGCGGAUAGAGGUAGAAAUGGUAAUUCACUUUCUGGUCUGGAAUCUCUGUCUUCACUUACACAUCCGCAUUAUAAGAAUGGCAGUAAUGGGGAUAGAGCGGCAAUCACCAAUCUCCAUGAACAAGUUGGGCUACAUAAGAUUAUGUCAUUGCUGGAGUCUGAAGAUGCUAGUGUGCAGAUUCAUGCAGUGAAAGUGGUUGCUAACUUAGCAGCUGAAGAAGCAAAUCAGGAGAAAAUUGUUGAAGCUGGUGGUCUUACUUCGUUAUUGAUGCUCCUUAGAAACUCUGAAGAUGAAACUAUACGCAGAAUAGCUGCUGGUGCAAUUGCAAAUCUUGCAAUGAAUGAAUCAAACCAGGAGCUUAUUAUGGCUCAUAGUGGUAUUAGUCUAUUGGCAAUGACAGCAGCUGAAGCUGAGGAUCCUCAGACUCUUCGCAUGGUUGCUGGAGCAAUUGCAAAUCUAUGUGGCAAUGAUAAACUGCAGACAAGGCUAAGGUCUGAAGGUGGUAUCAGGGCUUUGUUAGGAAUGGUGAGGUGUCGACAUCCAGAUGUUCUUUCUCAAGUCGCACGUGGAAUUGCCAAUUUUGCCAAGUGUGAGUCCAGAGCUUCGGCCCAAGGCAUAAAACUUGGACGAUCCCUUCUAAUAGAAGAUGGAGCACUACCGUGGAUCGUACAAAAUGCCAAUAACGAAGCCUCACUUAUUAGGCGACAUGUGGAGCUUGCACUUUGCCACCUCGCACAACACGAAGUAAACGCAAAAGACAUGAUUAGCGGGGGAGCCCUUUGGGAGCUAUACCGUAUCUCACGCGACUGCACUCGUGAGGACAUAAAGGCUCUUGCACGGCAGACAUUGGCCUCAAGUCCAACCUUCCUAUCUGAAAUGCGGCGCUUGCAUAUAGAUGUCUAGAUAUAAUAUAGAUAUAGAGUGAUGGUGGUUACGCAGGUGUUACCAUUCAUCUCAAAGCCAACAACACUACAUAAGCUUUUUCGAAGCCAAGCCCGGAGUUUGGUUGAAGAACGAACGAGGAGGCACGUCAAGUUUAUGAUUGGCACUGGUGAGAUUUGAUUAGAUAGGUGUGUUUUGGCUUUAUAACUCGGCAUAUUUGCUUGUUUAUUUAUAUUCAUUCAAUCUUUGUUGCUGCCAGUUAUCAUAUUUUGACAGCCUAUUGUAAUUUAUGAAUUGAUGCAAUGAAAUGAAAGCUACAACAAUCAUUCCAAGCA